AAUUAAACACAAACACUGAAGACAUCCUCAGAGUGUAGAUUCUAGAGACUAGAUGCAGAGACAAGUCGAAAGACAGAGAUAGAGUCGAAUCGAGUUCGCUGUCGAGUGGUAAAGCAACCAAGCAAUCAGCAGUAGCAGAACCAAACCAACCAAAAUCCAACGACCAAGAACUGGGUAGCAGAACAGCAGCUAACGCAUCACAGACAACCAGGAGUUUAAGCCACAACAAAAAAUACAUUCGCUAUAAAAAAAGUCUAAUAAUUUAAAACCAUUAUUAUUUUUUAUUACUCCAUUUAUAUUUUUAUAAAUAUUUAUUUGUUUUGUUUUAAAUAAAUAUUGUGAUAAUGGCGCAAAAUAUAAAUCCAUUUUAUUCAUCACCAAGUGCUAAUAGCAAAGCGAAUGAGGAAAAGCAAAAUAUACCAAAGGACAAUCAUGCUGUUAGUAAACGUUUACAAAAAGAAUUGAUGGGUUUGAUGAUGAAUAUGGAGAAAGGUGUGUCUGCAUUUCCUGAUGGCGAAAAUUUAUUCAAGUGGAUUGGAACAAUUAAUGGGCCUCUUGAUACGGUUUACUCUGGUUUGACGUACAAAUUGACAUUGGAAUUUCCACAUAGCUAUCCAUACAGUGCACCAGUUGUACGUUUUAUAACUUCAUGUUUUCAUCCUAAUGUCGAUCAUCUUGGUAAUAUAUGUUUGGAUAUACUAAAAGACAAAUGGAGUGCUCUCUAUGAUGUUCGUACAAUUUUAUUGUCAAUUCAAUCACUUCUUGGAGAACCAAACAAUGACAGCCCAUUAAAUGUCCAAGCAGCUGAAUUAUGGAACGAUCAAACAAAAUUUAAAAAACAUUUACUUGAAGAGUAUCACAGAGACGCUGAACGUAACUCACGAGAUUCAUGAUAAGCAAAUUUAACCACAUUCAUUUAUUAUCAAUACCAUCUUUCAUAAUGCGUCAUAUUAAGACAUUAAAUUGAAUUAAAAUAAAAUAAAUAAAUAAAAAGAAAAAAAAAA